AUGUGUCUAUCUUCUCAUUACUUCCCUAUCUCAACAAAUUGUUUGAAGUCAAAUGACUCAUUUUUUUCUUACCAAUUUGAUUUGUCAGGUAUAAUACCUCAAGAGGUUGGUAAUCUUAGCAAGUUGGAACUACUAAACUUGGAGUCCAAUAGGUUGAGAGGUCCCAUUUCGCUGAAACUUUUCAAUAGUUCAACUGUACGAUUUAUUUCUCUCACGAAGAAUGAUUUAUCAGGCGAGCUUCCAUCAACUAUAGGUGCUUUCUUACCCAAUCUUGAGGAACUCCACCUUGGGGGAAAUGAAUUCAGUGGAACUAUACUAACAUCUAUCUCAAAUGCUUCUAGGCUCAGAAUCCUAGACCUUGGUGAGAACCAUUUUACUGGUGCAAUUCCUCAUUCUCUUGGAAACUUGAGAUUACUGGAACAGUUUGCUAUAUGGCAAAAUGAUUUUUCUGAGGACUCGCUAUCCAAAGAGUUGAGCUUCAUCAUAUCCCUAUCAAACUGCAAACAUUUAAGAAGGUUGUGGUUAGAUGAGAGUCCUCUGAAUGGCUUCCUCCCAAAGUCUAUUGGAAAUCUUUCUAGCUCACUCGAAUCCAUUUCUGCCAGAAAUUGUGGAAUCAUAAGUGAAAUUCCAAGUUCGAUUGGUAAUUUGAGCAACUUAGUAGAACUGUUCUUUGAAAACAAUAGUUUGACAGGGUUAAUUCCAACUACAAUCAAAUGGUUCUUGAAGCUUCAGAGGAUAGAUCUAAGCGACAAUCAAAUACUAGGUGCUAUUCCAAGUGAGUUUUGUAAUUUGCUGAACUUAGGAGAAUUAAGACUUGGACAAAAUAUGCUCUCUGGUAUGGUGCCUUCUUGUUUAGGAAACGUUACAACACUCAGAUAUGUUUAUCUCAAUUCUAACAAUUUAAGUUCUAUGAUACCAACAAGCUUUUGGAGUCUCAGAUAUAUUUUGGAGGUAGACAUGUCAGGAAAUUAUUUGACAGGUUCUUUGCAUGCUGAAAUUGGAAACUUCAAGGCAUUAGUCUAUUUGAACCUUUCAAAUAAUCAAUACUUGGGUGGGAUACCCAGCACUAUUGGAGCACUACAGGAUUUGCAAGAACUCUCCUUGGAACAUAACAAGCUGCAAGGAUUGAUACCAGAUUUCAUGAAGAAUAUGUUGCAGUUACGGAUCUGUCAUAUUAGCCUUGGUGAUUUCAAUUUUUUUGAUGCGGUUAAAGUUGAGAAAGAAAACCCUAGCUCCGACUCAGAACUUGCUUCCCAUGGCAACAUUUGA